GCCACAGCAUAAUGUCAACGAGACAGCAAUAAAUUUCCUUAAUAUCAACUUGAACAUCAUAUAUUGAUGAUCCUCUAUCUAUUGAAAUUGGUGUCUGCAUUUUCUCAACUAGAAACAAAAGUGUCAAUGCCAACAUGGGACAGUCCAACAAACUCGACAAUGACUACGCCCAAAGCACAUACGCCAAAGUGUGCUCAGAUCAUGAUGAAAAACAAUCGAAACCUGUCGUGGCCUCAGAAGACGAAGAAAAAAAGCUCAGCUCUCUACAGAAACACGUUCAAUUCUGGGACCGCGACAAUGACGGCAUCAUCAACCCAUGGGACGUCUACAAUGGCUUCCGCGAACUCGGGUUUGGCCUUUUCUUCUCAAUAGGCUCUCUUCUCAUCCCCAUCUUCUUUUCGUAUCCAACACGGCUCGGUCAUAGUUGGCUGCCUGACCCCUUAUUCCGCAUCUACGUCAAUGACAUCCACAAGGCCAAGCAUGGCUCUGAUACAGACAUCUUCGACUUUGAUGGGAACUUCAGCCCUGAGAGAUUCGAGCAAAUGUUCCAACGGUUCGACACCUCAGGCGAUGGGGCCUUGACUGCUGAUGAUCUAUGGAGAUUAUGGGCCAAGGAUCGCUGUGCAGCAGAUCCAGCUGGUUGGACUUUUGCUUUCAUGGAGUGGUGGACAACAUAUGUGCUUCUCCAGGAAGAUGGGAUCGUAAGAAAAGACGACCUGAGAGCCUGUUAUGACGGAAGCUUGUUUUGGAGGAUUAAAGACGAAAGAGACAGAAGCAGUGAGUGCAUGUACAGAAGGAGCUUUGGCAUGAGAAACUUCUUUGCUUCGAUCUAGCAGCCCUUGAAAAGCAUAGCCUCGAUUUAUUUCACAGGUCAUCUUUUUAUUAGUUGAAGGCGUCAAGGGCACAACUUAUCCCUGAGGUUUGACUUUGCUGAAAAGUGAUGAGGCCGAGUGUUGAGUGCCGAAGUCGACAUGAAUAGUGUGUGUUGAUAUAGACCGGCUCAUUGAGUCUCGAUGUCGUAGACAGAUAGGCAUCAAUGCUGAGAGAGACUGGCGAGGAUAUCUGCGGUGGCGAUGAGCUUGUUCCGGAAGAGGGGGCUCUGCCAAAGUUAUACAAAACGCGGAGUCAAGACUGAUGCCAAGAGAACACAAGCAUCUCACAAGUCUUACCUCUUGAUACGACACUAAACACAACAGCGUAUGCUUGGAGGACAGAACGGAUAAUGACUGGCUACUCCUCACAUACCCGCAUAUCACUAACGCUUCUGUGCUGCACCAGAACAAGACGUAGAGCGUCAUUGGCAAUCAAAAAGCAAGGAAAGUCGUAAGCUGUGCUCAGCUCCCAGUGUGUGCUGUUGCAACUCAACUGUAACGGUUGAUCUGGAGUAACGACGGUCUUUAUGAAACGGCUGAUUCGAAAGUAAUAUCAGGAUUAUAACCUUCCCCCUUAUUAUUACUUCACUUAAAGCACUUGUUCUCUAAAACUUGCCGAGAACAUGGAGGUGAUAUCACGAGUUUUUGGGGGGCCAAUCACAAAGCAAGUGAGAAGAGUCUUCAAUUCUCAUACACUAACCGAUCCCAAGGGCAAAAUACUAUAGCAAGUCAUCCUUGCUCGACGACCUGUCAAUCAUUUGUGGAUUGGACCCCCAAAACGAUGACUAUCAUGUAUCAAGUACACCACGAUCGUCACCAGAGAUCCCACCAGCUCGCCCAUCAUUUAGUUUGUACGGAAUCGGGUCUCAGUUUUGCUGAGUGUUGUUAGGUAUCAGGAAGAAACAGGAGGUUUUGACCGAGUUCAUUGUCUCUAAUCAUGCAUGCCUACAUGCCUAUCCGCUGGCUCUUAACUCGCAAAUUAUACACC